CCUUUAUCAGAACAUGGUAGCCGCCCCUUUUCUUAUACACUAAAAAAAAUAUUUACAAAAAAAUAAAAAUGAACUGCUGCUUUAUGCUAUGCUCUUCAAGUUUUGCUCGUACGCCUUUGCGUGCAUAUGCAGCGCAGUGUUGAUUCUCCACCUCGCUCUUCUCUAAUUUCCCCAUUUACCCUUCCUCCAUUACCCUACGUGCUCCUCCCCUGUAAGGGCAUUAUGAUCAUCUGACAGAUUAACGUCACCCUCCCACUCCCUCUCCUUUAUGUUGCCUUAACCCGAAUGUUAUGCUCAUCUUAAUCUUUAUAUAUCAUCCAUCCACAAACACAGACACUGAAUAUCAGUAUCGGUCGGGGUGAAAACAAUGGAAGAUCAGGUGGACUUGGUCGGGAAAGUUUUUGUAGAUCACUACUACCAUCUCUUCGACAACGAUCGAGCUUCCCUCUGUUCGCUCUACCAGCCCACCUCCAUGCUCACCUUCGAGGGACACAAGGUUCUGGGAGUCGACAACAUCUCUGCCAAGCUUAACCAGCUUCCAUUCGAUCAAUGCCGCCACUCCAUCACCACCAUUGAUUCUCAGCCUUCCUCCUCCUCCGCAGGGGGCAUUGUCGUCUUCGUCAGCGGUAACCUCCAGUUGCCCGGCGAGGAACACCUCUUGAGAUUCAGCCAGAUGUUCCAUUUGAUUCCCACCGCACAAGGGAGCUUCUUCGUGCAGAACGACAUAUUUCGGCUUAACUAUGGUUAAUUACAUUUAUGAUCUUAUUUGACAUCAGUGUCAUACUUAUGUAAUGUCGAACCAGUUAAUGUAAGAAUUAUGAGUUAUAAAUAAAUAAGAUAUUUUACUUCUUUAGGAGGAGACCAGACCAAGAAAUA